CCCCGCUGGCCGACGCUGGCGGCGUAAGGCGCGCGGGGCUCCGCGGAGCGGGCGCGGCGGAGCGGCGGAGCCCGGCCCUCCCCGCCGAACAUGCCGAGGCCGGCCCCGGCAGCGCGGGAGCCGGAGCGGGGGCCCGAGCCGGAGCGCGAACGUGCGCGGGGCCCGGAGCGGGGGACGCCGCGCUGCUGAGCUCGGCCGCCGCCGCCCGCGGGCCCCAGGCGGGGCGCAGCUGGGCGUCACGAGAUUUAAGGCGGUGGGACCCGUUGGCAGAAUGUCUUCUCUCCCUGCAAGCGACCCUGAGGCCACCAAGAUGAGCACCGCGGCCGGGCCUGUGAGUGCGCCCAGGUCUCAGUAGCUGGGGGCCGAGGGCCACCAGACGCCAUGGUGUACUAGGCCGAGCGCGAGCUCAGCUUUCGCACUCGGAUCUCACGGCAGAGUCACCGUGGAGAGGCCAGGGUACCACAAACUUAUGGAUUUUGACAAGAAAGGAGGGAAGGGGGAGUCGGAGGAGGGCCGGAGGAUGUCCAAGACGGGCACGAACCGGAGCAACCACGGCGUCCGCAGCUCGGGGGCCAGCUCGGGGGUCCUGAUGGUGGGCCCCAACUUCCGAGUCGGCAAGAAGAUAGGCUGUGGGAACUUUGGAGAGCUUCGCCUAGGAAAGAACCUGUACACGAACGAGUACGUGGCUAUCAAGCUGGAGCCCAUCAAGUCCCGGGCCCCGCAGCUGCACCUGGAGUACCGCUUCUACAAGCAGCUGAGCACGGCAGAGGGCGUCCCUCAGGUCUACUACUUCGGCCCAUGCGGGAAGUAUAACGCCAUGGUGCUGGAGCUGCUGGGGCCCAGCCUGGAGGACCUGUUCGACCUGUGCGACCGCACCUUCACCCUGAAGACGGUGCUGAUGAUCGCCAUCCAGCUGAUCACGCGCAUGGAGUACGUGCACACCAAGAGCCUCAUCUACCGCGAUGUGAAGCCCGAGAACUUCCUGGUGGGGCGGCCGGGCAGCAAACGGCAGCACGCCAUCCACAUCAUCGACUUCGGGCUGGCCAAGGAGUACAUCGACCCCGAGACCAAGAAGCACAUCCCGUACCGCGAGCACAAGAGCCUGACGGGCACGGCGCGCUACAUGAGCAUCAACACGCACCUGGGCAAGGAGCAGAGCCGCCGGGACGACCUGGAGGCGCUGGGACACAUGUUCAUGUACUUCCUGCGCGGCAGCCUGCCCUGGCAGGGGCUCAAGGCCGACACGCUGAAGGAGCGCUACCAGAAGAUCGGGGACACCAAGCGCGCCACGCCCAUCGAGGCGCUGUGUGAGAGCUUCCCGGAGGAGAUGGCCACCUACCUGCGCUACGUGCGGCGCCUGGACUUCUUCGAGAAGCCGGACUACGACUACCUGAGGAAGCUCUUCACCGACCUCUUCGACCGCAGCGGCUACGUGUUCGACUACGAGUACGACUGGGCCGGGAAGCCCCUGCCGACACCUAUCGGCACCGUGCACACUGACGCCCCCUCCCAGCCCCCUCACCGCGACAAGGCCCAGCCCCCCAACAAGAACCAGGCGCUGAACUCCACGAAUGGAGAGCUGAACGCGGACGACCCCACCGCGGGCCACUCCAACGCCCCCAUCGCCGCCCCCGCCGAGGUCGAGGUGGCCGACGAGACCAAGUGCUGCUGCUUCUUCAAGAGGAGGAAGAGAAAAUCGCUGCAGCGACACAAGUGAGGCCCCGCCGUCCCCGGAGCCCCGGCCGCGUCCAGGAGGCCGCGGGGUCCUCGGCGCCAUGGGCCCCCUGGACCGACGUGAGGCGCCCUCCUCGGGGACUCGGGGUCACUUCCUUCACACAGGACUUGGGCGGAAAUGUCUGCGCCCCCGCGGCGCCCCCUUGGAGAGCACUAACUAUUUAAUAACCCCGGGAGAGAGGCGCCCCGCCGCCCCCGCUGCGCCCCCGUUAGCUCAUAAAGUCCAGCUUGUCCCCUCGAUCCAAAGGCCGUUUUCUCGAGGGGGGCAGGCCCGGGGCGUGGGGGUCACGGGAGGCCACCGGAGGGAGGUGCGUGCGCUGCCACAAUGCUGCACCAAAGCCGGGGCGGGGCGGUCACCGCGCAGGGACCGGCCUGGCCCGCGGAGCCAGGGCCGCCGCCGUGGUCCCUUCGUGCUGGGCCCGCGGGACAGAAUCGCCUUAAUGCCCGGCCCGGGCAGCGGAGAGGCGGGCGGUCCCAGGGAGGGCCCGGCGGGCCGCGGGAGCCGAGUUCUUGCUUUACAACGUGUACAGAAAUGAACUUAUGUUUCUCCGGCGCUUCCUUGAAGCCAUAGAGUUUAGGGGCUUUUUUUAAAAAAAAUAAAAGAAAACGAAACCA